AUGAUCGUAGAAUUUGAUCGCUACGAGAUCGAGUACAGUGUGUUGGGAAACUUCUCGAAAAUUCGAAUUCGAAAAUACAAUCGCACAACACCGGUGAUAAACGGAUCCUAUGAUUUGGCGUACGAUUUGGAUGACAAUUACGAAAUCGGAAUAACUUGCUCUAGAAGUUCCUUGGGAAAUAACCAAUAUAACGCCAUUCCAAUGAAACUGUCGCCGAUGCCAGUUUGUAACUUCAUCAAAACUUAUGCCUACGACUACCAGUACAUUUAUUUAAACAAAUCUAAUUUCCCGCAAGUUCCACCGGAAGGGUUGUGUCCCUAUCCAAAGGGAACUUAUUGGGUCAAAGAUUUGGCCUUGGAUUCAUCAGCUUUUCCACCUGUUCUUCCAGAAGGUUACUAUCGGUGCUAUCUGGAUGUUUACUACAUCGCCAACCGGACUUUGCUGCAUCAUCAGGCUUACUACAGUAGAAUUAGAAAAGAACUAUUAAAGUAUUAA